CCCCCCGGCGCCGGCCCGAGGCGUUCAGGCUUGCGCUUCCGGUGCGCGGAGCAGAAGCAGCGGCCAGAGGUUCGGAGCAGUGGCCGAGCGGCGGGCGACGGGGGUGGCCGACUUGGUCCGCGGUCGGGACGAAGUCGGAGCCAUGGAGCCGCAGCUGCCGGGCUAGGGAGAGCUGGCGCUGCGGGGCCCGCGGCGAUGGCGGGCUACGCGCGCCGCCCCGGCGUCACCCCGUUGUCCCGGCCCCGGAGCCUCGUCAUUCCGGACGCUCCCGCGUUCUAUGAGCGCCGGUCUUGUCUCCCCCAGCUAGACUGUGAGCGCCCCCAAGCCAGGGACCUGGAGUCCCAGUUCUUCGGCAUUCGGCCGACGUUUAUGUGCUAUGUGCCCAGUCCGGUGCUAGCUUCCGUGGGAGACACAGAUUUUGCCUAUGGAAAGGGGAAAGGCACUAAGCAAGGUCCAUCAGGAGCCCAGAACACGCACUUUGGAGGUGAGAAACUUGGAGAUCUUGAAGAGGCAAAUCCAUUCUCCUUUAAAGAGUUUCUGAAAAGCAAGAACCUUGGCCUGUCGAAAGAGAAUACUGACAGCAGAAUUUAUUCAAAGGAAGCCACGAGGCACUCGCUGGGACUCGACCGCAACUCCCCCACCUCCCAGACCGUGGGGUAUGGCCUGGAGUAUCAGCAGCCGUUUUUCGAAGACCCGACGGGGGCUGGCGACAUCCUGGACGAGGACGAGGACGAGGACGAAGGGUGGGACGGGGCCUACCUGCCGUCUGCCGUGGAGCAGACCCACUCCUCCAGGGUCACCGCCAGCACGUCGCCCUGCAGCACCUAUGUCUCCUUUUUCUCCAACCCGUCGGAGCUGGUGGGGCCCGAGUCUCUGCCUCCGUGCACGCUGAGCGACUCCGACUCCCGCGUCUCCCCAGCCGGGAGCCCCAGCACCGACUUCACAGUCCCCGGAGAGUCUCUGGGGGACAGGCACCUUCGGAAGCUGCAGAUAAGUUACGAAGCACUGAAAGAUGAAAAUUCUAAGUUAAGAAGGAAGCUGACUGAGGUUCAGAGCUUCUCUGAAACUCAAACAGAAAUGGUGAGGACGCUUGAGCGGAAGUUAGAAGCGAAAAUGAUCAAGGAGGAGAGGGACUAUCACGACCUGGAGUCGGUGGCGCAGCAGGUGGAGCGGAAUCUGGAGCGCGUGACUAAACGGGCAGUAAAGGCAGAAAAUCACGUCCUAAAACUGAAACAGGAAAUCAGCUUGCUCCAGCCAGGAAAAAGUCCUAACGCUGCCACACCCGCCCCCUACCCCCCACCUCGGGCCCAGGCGCAGGUCUCUAACUUCAAGCGGGAGAACGAAGCCCUGCGGUCAGGCCAGGGCGCCAGCCUGACAGUGGUGAAGCAGAACGCAGAGGUGGCCCUGCAGAACCUCCGUGUUGUCAUGAACAACGCGCAUGCCUCCAUCAAGCAGCUGGUUUCUGGAGCUGAAACGUUGAAUCUUGUUGCUGAAAUCCUUAAAUCUAUAGACAGAAUUUCUGAAAUUAAAGAUCAGGGGGAGGAGUCUUGAGAACCACGGAGGUGCUUCCAGCUCACAGCUCUGUUUACAUCCUGAAACCAUUACCCGACGGAUUCCAACACGCCACCAUGUCUCUGAAUGUGCAGUCUUCACACACAGUAAAAAUAUCUAUCACGAGAUACUAACUUCAUGGCCUGGAACAGUAUCAUUAGCCGCACGCAGGGAGGAGCAGCUCCCGUAUGCGAGAGCAGCUCCUGUGCUUCGUGUCUCCCUUCUUGGCGAGCUCCCCGCUGUUUAUAGACGCUCAUCAUCUACUGGAAGACAUUUCUCUAAAAGCCGAUGAUUUUUUUUAGUUACUAAACGAACACAGCAAUUCUGUGAUGAGUGUUUUCCAUUGUCAUUCUAGAAUAUGGACUGUAAGAUAAGUUCAGUUGAUCGUCUUUGCUUUCGUAAGUAGAGAAAAACACUAAAUGAGCCGUAAUGUAAGCAUGCGCCUCAAGACGGGGGCCUGUGCCUUAACUGCCAGUGCUCAGCGCCCCCUCUGGCUCACAGACCACUCCUUCAGCUUCCGGGGGGCGGGGGGCUCCUGUGCUUGGUGACCUGAGCAUGGAUGCCCCACGAGGUGGUUGCCAUUGUCUUCCCUCAGGGACCAAGGUCAGCACAGGCAUUCCACGGUGGGACACCAUCUAAGUGCACUGGAAAACUGGUGUUGGCUGGAGGGUUUUGCUACGCGUUCCAGGUGGCAUCUUGUACGAUGACAUGUAGGAUUCAGGGACUUGGAGCCUAGGCAGAGCCUUCCCGGGUCAGGGCGACGUCUCCCCAGGUGCCUUUCCAAUCCCUUCCUGUUGGAGGGGAGGCGUAACAUGCACUAGAUGCCUUUUUGGCUGUUUUCCUAUGGAUGUUAUUUUUUUAAAUAAACGUCCUUUUUGCAUCCUGUUCAAAUUGACAGUUUUCUUAUUUAAUAAAUUCUAAAAUUCA